AAGGAACGAGGGGAGGGAGACAAGCUCAACACUGUACAGCUAUGCUCCUUCCUUCUGUCCCCUUGUUGGCAUCUAAGAACCUCUCUCCUUCCUCGAACUUCACAGGGUUCACACCCCUCCUUAUAUAUUCCCCUCCCUUCCCCUCCCCAUCUCCCCAUCAACUCUUCCUCCUCCUCAAUUUUUGGUGAUACCUCUCAUUAAUUUUAUACCUUCUUCCUCUUUCUGUCCAACACCACUGCCUCUGAUUAUCAUUUGCGGCGCAAGAAUGGCCUCAAACAUGGUCGAGAACUUCGAGGAUUUCUUGCCUGUGAUGGCGGAGAAGUUGGGGGCGGAGGGGCUGAUGGACGAGCUAUGCAAUGGGUUCAACUUGCUUAUGGACCCGCAGAGAGGGGUCAUCACGUUCGAGAGCCUGAAGAGGAACGCGGAGGUGCUGGGGUUGAAGGGGAUGAGCGAUGAGGAGGUGAUGGGGAUGCUGAGGGAAGGGGACACGGAUGGUGAUGGAGCGCUCAAUCAAAUGGAGUUUUGUGUCCUUAUGAUCAGAUUAAGCCCCGAAUUGAUGGAGUACUCGUGGAGCUUGCUGGAAGAGAACCUCGAAUUCGACUACGAGUAGCUGAUUCUUUUUUUGUACAUCUCUCUGUUUUUCCUUUUGUUGCCAAAAGGGGAAGAACGGAAAAAAUUAUAUGAAAUCCAUUCUUUUUAAGACCA